AUGAAGAAUAAAAGGAAUGUGACUGAAUUCAUUUUAACAGGUCUUACACAGAACCCUAAAAUGGAGAAAAUCAUGUUUGCAGUAUUUUUGUUUCUUUACAUGAUAACACUUUCAGGCAACCUGCUCAUUGUGGUUACUGUUACCACCAGCCAGGCUCUGAGCUCCCCCAUGUACUUCUUCCUGACCCACCUUUCUUUGAUAGACACAGUUUAUUCUUCUUCUUCAGCUCCUAAGUUGAUUGUCGAUUCCCUUCAUGAGAAGAAAAUCAUCUCCUUUAAUGGGUGUAUGGCUCAAGCCUACGCAGAACACAUUUUUGGUGCUACUGAGAUCAUCCUGCUGACAGUGAUGGCCUGUGACCACUAUGUGGCCAUCUGCAAACCUCUGCACUACACAACCAUCAUGAGCCAAAGCCUGUGCAUUCUCCUAGUGGUAGUGGCCUGGAUGGGAGGAUUUCUCCAUGCAACUAUUCAGAUUCUCUUUACAGUAUGGCUGCCCUUCUGUGGCCCCAAUGUAAUAGACCACUUCAUGUGUGACUUGUACCCUUUGUUAAAACUUGUUUGCCUGGACACUCACACCCUUGGUCUCUUUGUUGCUGCCAACAGUGGGUUCAUCUGCCUAUUAAACUUCCUUCUCUAGAUGGUAUCCUAUGUGAUCAUCUUGAGAUCUUUAAAGAACUCAAAAAGCUUGGAGGGGAAGGGUAAAGCCCUCUCCACCUGUAUUUCUCACAUCAUAGUAAUUGUCUUAUUCUUUGUGCCCUGUAUAUUUGUGUAUCUGCGCCCAGUGACCACUCUGCCCAUUGAAAAAGCUGCUGCUGUAUUUUAUACUAUGGUGGUUCCAAUGUUAAAUCCUUUGAUCUACACACUCAGAAAUUCUGAGUUAAAAAGUGUGAUAAGGGAGCUUUGGAGAAAAAAAGUGAUUUCAGAUAAUGAUUAG